CUUGUUUUCUCGCCUCGCCUCCUUUGCUUGCACCCGCAUCCACCUCUCCCCUUUUCCCCUCUCGCGAUCCAAAUCCAGGCGGAGGCCGGCCGGCGACGAGGACUGCUGCUGCUAGGUAGUAGGCCGGGUCCGGCGACCGGAGGGGGAGACGGGGACAUGGCGUACGUGGACCACGCCUUCUCCAUCUCCGACGAGGACGACCUCGUCGGCGGCGCCGUGGGCGGGCCCCGCGGAGCGCCCGUCAAGGAGAUCGCCUUCGCCGCCGCGCUCCUCGCGUUCGGGGCGCUCGGCGCCGUCGGGGGGGUCCUCAUGGCCGCCAACCGCGUCGGCGGCGACCGCGCGCACGGAAUCUUCUUCAUGAUUUUGGGUAUUGUGAUGUUCAUCCCUGGGUUCUACUACACAAGAAUUGCCUACUAUGCUUACAAAGGAUACAAGGGCUUCUCGUUUUCAAACAUCCCACCGAUCUAGACAACACGAAGAGAGCACUAUUUCCACUAAUCACUGCACAGAAAUGCAAAAACAGAAGAGAGGGGCAGCCCAGACAUGAGAGGACCACCACGCACAGCAACGAUUUGCUGAUUGAAAGCUCCCUAACUAUGUGUCUGUGCGGAUCAGGAACCAUAUCCUGCACAGAUUACUCGUUCAUAUCUUCUUUUUUAUCCUGCACAGAUUACUGUGUUUUUUCAUCCUGCACAGAUUACUCGUUCAUAUCUUCUUUUUUAUCCUGCACAGAUUACUGUGUUUUUUCUUCUAUGUGUGUGAUUAUCCUGCACAUUUAGCCAAUUUUGGAAAGCUUUUUAAAGUGCUUUACUAAAUAAAGUUCUCUUUCGGCCAUUGAGCAAGAGCAAGUAU